AGGCUGAAACUUUAAAAACGUCCCUUUUUGUCUGCUGUGGAGCCACCUGGUGGUGGUACCACGUCACUGCUGCUUCCAUGUGGUCUGUGCUUUCUUCAUAUUCUGAGAGUUAUAAUUGCUUGACUUUUGUUGUGUCAAUUGGUAUGGCCGAGGUGAGACCAUUCCUCACAUAGGGGUGGUAAAAAGUUGAUAUCUGAAUUGUCCAGAUGGUCAGAGGGGUGGCCGGAAGGUGACAGGGGGUGGCCACCUCGUCGCUCUGUUAGUGGGGGUGUCGUUCACACGUCCUUCACCUCUACGGAUUACAACUAGCAGUGAAAUCUCCCCUUGAUUGAAAAAGUAAUAGGAUUGAGGAAAUUAAGGAUUAUGGGCGAUCACUUUAGUCUGUGAUAUGUUUUGUUUUUUUUUUAAUAUUUCUUUGGCUGGCUGGUGAGAAAUACACACACACACACACAUACACACACACACACACACACACACACACACACACACACACACACAGAGUUUGAUAGAAAUGUUGCAUAACGUGUGGUUGAAUGAUGUGUGUGAAAACAAGUGUAAUUCGCCAUAGCUGCAGGCGCCCUCCAGUGGACAUUAUGGGCAUUACUUAUAUUAUAAAAUUUUAAAAUAUAGUUAAAAUAUAAUAUUGUAAAUUUAUAUUAUUGUAAAUAAAAUAAUAUUUAACGUAAAUUUAGGAGCAUAAUUUUUAAUAUGUAUUAAUUUUAUACUUGCAUAUGUAGUAAUAAUAAUUCCAAAAUAAGUAAUUUUACUCAUUGAUACUCUUUAAAGUUGCUCAAAUUGAUUGAAAUGAGUGACAUGUUGUUGGUUAUUGAUUUGUAUUAAUGUGAGCUCAUUAAUAGACAAUCUUUGAUGCAUAACAUUACCAUUACAUAUGUUAGAAAAACAAAUUCCAACCAUCCAUGUAUCAUUCAUAAGCGGAUAUACUAAAUCAGAUAUGUUUGUGAUGUGAGGCCGCACAGUGGACGAGUGGUUAUUAUGUUGAUUCAGGUUUGAAUCUCUGCUUGGGCAUCUCUGUAUGGAGUUUGCAUGUUCUCCCUGUAUGAAUGUGAGUGUGAAUGGUUGUUUGUCUACAUAUAUGUGCCCUGUGAUUGACUGGUGACCAGUCCAGGGUGUACCCCGCCUCUCGCCUCUCUCGUAUACCGUAUUUCCGACAAAAUUCUGUCAUUAUUUUUUUAGGAUUAAUUCAUAAAAUAUGCCAUGUUGUUCCAUGACGUGAUGUAGUGGAAUCAAACAUUUUUUUUUUUACGAAGCUUAUAGGACAUGUGUUGUGUUUUAUGGUGUCAGGCUCCCAGGGAUAAUAUGGAGGUCAGGUUGUGGCCAGACUUGCUUCCUAGUCUCUUUAUUUCUGUAGCUGAAUGGUAAAGAAGCUUACGCCGUAAUAUCCUGAUGGGAAAAAGGGUUUGCUCUAAGCUGGACAUCACGUCGCCUGAUAGCUAGCGGGUUAGCGCGAAGCUCGGAAAGACAAACGGCGACAUUGUCUGCGACAGAAGGGUUGUCGUGAUUUUGGCAGCCAUGAUUCCCACGAAGAUGCUAGUGUACCAGGGGCCCGACGGCGACAUCAAGACGGUCUCUUACACCAGGCGGCGGAAAAAAUCAACGGGUGAACUUUUCCAGAAAGGAUACAGAGUCAGGAACAGCCAUGACAAAGAGGAGCGGGAGAGCACUUCCUGCCUCCAUGUCGUCUCCUACUGGGGCUUGAGAUUUUUAAGGGCCUUAAGGUUGAUACAGUUCUCAGAAAUUUUACAGUUUUUGAAUAUACUCAAGACAAGUAACUCCAUCAAGUUGGUCAACUUGUGUUCAAUCUUCAUCAGCACAUGGCUGACGGCAGCAGGCUUCAUCCAUCUGGUGGAAAACUCAGGGGAUCCUUGGGAAAACUUCCAGAAUUCCCAAGCGCUUUCCUACUGGGAAUGUGUCUACUUGCUCAUGGUGACCAUGUCCACCGUGGGCUAUGGGGACGUUUAUGCAAAAACCACCCUGGGACGCCUCUUUAUGGUGUUUUUCAUCCUUGGGGGUCUGGCCAUGUUUGCGAGCUACGUGCCUGAAAUCAUAGAGUUAAUAGGCAACCGCAAGAAAUACGGUGGUUCCUAUAGUGCUGUUAAUGGGAGAAAACACAUCGUGGUGUGCGGCCACAUCACGCUAGAGAGCGUCUCCAACUUUCUCAAAGACUUCCUACACAAGGACAGGGAUGAUGUCAAUGUAGAAAUCGUUUUUCUCCAUAAUAUUUCCCCUAAUCUUGAGCUGGAAGCCUUGUUCAAGCGCCACUUCACUCAGGUGGAGUUUUACCAAGGGUCCGUCCUCAACCCUCACGACCUGGCCAGAGUCAAAAUUGAAUCCGCAGACGCCUGUUUGAUCUUAGCUAACAAAUACUGCGCUGACCCCGAUGCCGAGGACGCCUCCAACAUCAUGAGAGUGAUCUCGAUCAAAAACUACCACCCGAAGAUCCGCAUCAUCACCCAGAUGCUGCAGUAUCACAAUAAGGCUCACCUGUUGAACAUCCCGAGCUGGAACUGGAAGGAGGGCGACGACGCCAUCUGCCUGGCCGAGCUCAAGCUGGGCUUCAUCGCUCAAAGCUGCCUGGCCCAGGGCCUGUCCACCAUGCUGGCCAACCUCUUCUCCAUGAGGUCCUUCAUCAAGAUUGAGGAGGACACGUGGCAGAAGUAUUACUUGGAGGGCGUGGCCAAUGAGAUGUACACAGAAUACCUGUCCAGUGCCUUUGUGGGCUUGUCAUUUCCUGUUAUUUGCGAACUUUGCUACGUGAAGCUGAAGCUGCUGCUGAUCGCCAUCGAGUACAAGUCUGAUCAGAGGGAGAGCAGCACCCUGAUCAACCCUGGCAAUCACGUGAAGAUGCAGGAGGGGACGCUGGGCUUCUUUAUCGCCAGUGAUGCCAAAGAAGUCAAAAGGGCGUUGUUUUACUGCAAAGCCUGCCAUGAUGACGUCACCGAUCCCAAAAGGAUCAAGAAAUGUGGAUGCAAAAAGUCUAAAAACACCUACAAUGGAUACAUCAAAUCAAUCGAAGAGAACCAACAGUCGGUGCUGUCGCCGAAAAAAAAGCAGCGCAACGGCGGCAUGAGAAACUCCCCCAACUCCUCGCCAAAGGCGCUAAGACACGACCCUCUCCUCAUCCCCGGCAGCGAGCAGAUUGAAAGCAUGGACGACAACGUGAAGAAGUACGACUCCACGGGGAUGUUCCACUGGUGCCCCUCCAAAGACAUCGAGAAGGUCAUCCUGACUCGGAGCGAGGCGGCCAUGACGGUGUUGAGCGGCCACGUGGUGGUGUGCAUCUUCGGCGACGUGAAAUCGGCGCUGAUCGGCCUGCGGAACUUUGUGAUGCCGCUGAGGGCCAGCAACUUCCACUACCAUGAGCUCAAACACAUCGUCUUCGUGGGCUCGCUGGAGUACAUCAAGCGCGAGUGGGAGACGCUACACAACUUCCCCAAAGUCUCCAUCUUGCCCGGCACGCCGCUGAGCCGAGCAGAUCUGAGGGCUGUCAACAUCAACCUGUGCGACAUGUGCGUCAUCCUGUCAGCCAAUCAGAACAAUAUUGACGAUGCGUCACUGCAGGACAAAGAGUGCAUCUUGGCGUCGCUCAACAUCAAGUCCAUGUUGUUUGACGACAGCAUCGGCGUCUUGCAGGCCAACUCCCAGGGCUUCACACCGCCAGGUAUGGACAGAUCGUCUCCAGAGAACAGUCCGGUCCACGGCCUGGUGAGGCAGACCUCAGUGACCACAGGGGCAAAUAUUCCCAUCAUAACAGAACUAGCAGCGUUAGCAAAAGCAGGCAAAAAAGUGCCUGUGAUUUCACUCAGUCAGGAUAAAAGCAGCGGGACCAGCAUACAAAUGAUUACGGAGCUUGUUAACGACUCCAAUGUCCAAUUCCUGGACCAAGACGACGACGACGAUCCGGACACGGAGUUAUAUCUAACUCAGCCUUUUGCCUGCGGGACCGCCUUCGCCGUGAGCGUGUUGGAUUCCUUAAUGAGCGCCACGUACUUCAACGACAACAUCCUCACCUUGAUCCGCACGCUGGUGACGGGCGGCGCGACGCCCGAGCUGGAGGGACUUCUGGCGGAGGAGAACGCGCUGCGGGGCGGCUACAGCACGCCGCAGACGCUCGCCAACAGGGACAGGUGUCGCGUGGCGCAGCUGGCCUUGUACGACGGGCCCUUUGCGGACCUCGGGGACGGCGGCUGCUACGGCGACCUCUUUUGUAAAGCCCUGAAAACCUACAACAUGCUGUGCUUCGGCAUCUACCGGCUACGUGACGCACAUGUAAACACACAAAGUCAAUGUACCAAACGAUACGUCAUAACCAACCCGCCGUACGCCUUUGAGCUGGUGCCCUCCGACCUCAUCUUCUGCCUCAUGCAGUUUGACCACAACGCCGGCCAGACGCGGACCAGCCUCUUGCACUCGUCGCAUUCCUCCAGUAAAAAGAGCUCGUCGGUCCAUUCCAUCACCGCCAUCAACCGCAACAACCGCGCGAAGAGCAGGGACUCCCGGGACAAGCUAAAAAAAGACACGGUUUACAGAUGAGUCGCCCACCUGAGGACCGCGAAGCGCAUCAAGCCUGUGAAUACGCUCGCUGCCAGCAAAGCCCGCCGGCGACUCCAGUGGACGACGAACGCUCAACGUCGGUGGAAUCCUUGACUGACGCUAAAAAAAAAAAAUACGUAGACAAUCAAAACGUUGUGACCGACUUGGAGCUGAGCACCAAAUACAAGUUUUGCCUUCUCAGCUGACUUUUUUUUGCAGAGCAACAACAUCGACAUCGACAAACAUUCGCUACGGUUGAGGUUUGCACAUCUCGUCUGUACAGUUUAAGCCAGGGGUGGGCAAACUUUUUGACUCAUGGGCUGCAUUGAGUUAACAAAAUUGUGCGGGGGGCCAGAACAUAUAUUUAACACACAUGAUUUUACGCUUAUAAUUUUAAGAAUUUUAAGAAUUUUAAGAAUUUUAAGAAUUUUAAGAAUUUUAAGAAUUUUAAGAAUUUUAAGAAUUUUAAGAAUUUUAAGAAUUUUAAGAAUUUUAAGAAUUUUAAGAAUUUUAAGAAUUUUUACGCUUAUAAUUUUACGCCUUGAAUUAUUUGUCUAAUUUUAUAUAAUAUCAGCUAUAUGUUUUCAUUUCUCCUUUUUUCUGGAGCACUUUAAACAUCAGAUACAUCAAACUACGUUUUUUUUUUUUUUUUUUUUUUUACUGAAUAAGACAUCCGACUUGAAAGUCAUGUUGCCAGCUGGUAUGCUAAAAGUUGAAAUACUAAAAAGCAAUUGGCGGGCCGGAUUCAAACGUUUGGUGGGCCGCAUGUGGCCCCCGGGCCAUAGUUUGCCCACCCCUGGUUUAAGCCGUUCACAACAUUUGUGAUUCGGACCCGUUUGUCCAUCCGCGUCAUGAUUGACACACGGCUCCAGCCUUAUUGUCCAUCCCUUUGUCUUACCUUAUUUCAUAAAGUAAUACAUUUUUUCCAUGUCGGGGAAACUCACUCACUUUCUUCCAAAUAUGAUAGAGCUGUUUUGCUAAUAAAAAAACAAAAACCAAACACAGAGCUAGUUCUCACCGUUAAUAACGUAACGUUGAAUGUUGAAGCCACGUAUCGCAUGAAGUGGGCCUCUUAAAGUCCUUCUUUGGCUUGAAGCACUGCCUCAUACACGUAUACACAUAUUUAUAUUUAUUUAUUUAUUUGACGCCACGUGAAAACAGCUCUAUCAUACAUUCUAUGUUCCGCCCCUUGUGGUUAAAGCGUACUUGGGAUCGCCCAAUUAAUGACUUUAACGUGUCACUGGUACCACUAGAGGGCAGUGCUUUAGCCAACGGAGGACCCAAGACGGCCCACUACUGCGAAAAGAGGCUUCAUUUUGCCAGUUUCUACAGAAUGUAUUUAUUAGCUCUUUAAAAAAAAAAAAAAACGGAGCAUUAAAAAGUCUUAAAAUUAGCCCUUAAUGUGAAAUUGUUCUCUCUUUGCCGUGUUUUUGAUUUUAUUAUUAAUUAACUUGUGGCUGCAAAGUGCUGCUAAGUUACGUCUACUAAUGCUAGCAGGCUUGUACAUAGUUUAUUUUGUAUUUUCAACAAAUUAAACAACUAUGUAUUGUG